UUAUUCCCAAAACCAAUUUUUAUUACUCGCUCCUAGGGGUAAAAGGGUAUUUAAUUUUUCAUUUCCAUUUUCACAACUCACUGUGUUAGAGCAGUGACCAUUUCUCCCUCUCUCUCUCUCUCUCUCUGUAACAAUCUCACCACUAGCUUCAAUGGACUACAGCUCUGAAGAAGAGUCAGAUAUCAGUGAAUCUGAGAUUGAGGAGUACUCUGAGAAACCAUAUGAACAGUUAAAGGCUGGGAAAUACAAGGUUAAAAAUUUCAAUGGCACUCUUAGGUGUCCUUAUUGUUCUGGUAAAAAGAAACAGGAUUACAAAUAUAAGGACUUAUUGCAACAUGCAUCAGGAGUAGGUAAAGGUUCAGCAAACAGAAGCGCAAAACAAAAGGCGAACCACCUUGCUCUGGCUAAGUAUUUAGAGACUGACCUAGCCAAUGAAGCAGACCAAAUACCUCGCCCAGCUUCGACCCAAGCUGUCAAUCAACCUGUCCAACAAGAUGAGAAUUAUGUUUGGCCCUGGACGGGCAUCAUUGUGAACAUAAAGAGUCAAUUGCAUGAUUCGAGAUAUUGGUUGAAGGAAUUUGCUAAGUACAGACCAUUAGAUGUUCGCAUAUUCUUGAUGGAUGGUGAUGUGGCUGCUCAGGCUGUAAUUGACUUCCAUAAUGAUUGGAAUGGUUUCAUGAAUGCAAGUGAAUUUGAGAAGUCGUUUGAAGCUAAACGUCUUGGUAAAAAGGAUUGGAAAUCAAGGGAGUUGCAGGCCAAUUCAGACAUUUAUGGAUGGGUUGCACGUGAAGAUGACUAUAAUUGUGGAGGGCCAAUUGGGGAUUACCUUCGGAACAAAGGAAGGUUGAGGACAGUAUCAGAUAUUGUUCAAGAAGCAUCUGAAAGCAGAAAUAGUAUUGUGGAUAACCUAGCUAAUGAAAUUGAUAUUACAAAUGAAAAUCUCAACAAAAUGCAGUAUAAGUAUAAUGAGAAGACUAUGUCCUUAAGUAGAAUGCUGGAGGAGAAAGACAAGCUACACAAUGCUUUUGUUGAAGAGUCAAGGAGUAUGCAGCGUAAAGCUCGUGAGGAGGUAAGAAGGAUCUUGGAAGAACAAGAAAAGUUGAGUAAUGAAUUGGAUGAAAAAAGGCGGAAGCUUGAUUCCUGGAGCAGAGAUCUUAAUAAACGUGAGGUACUAACUGAUCAAGAGAGGCAGAAACUUGAAGAAGACAAGAAGAAGAAAGAUUCGAGGAAUGAAUCACUUUUGUUGGCUUCAAAGGAGCAGAAGAUAGCUGAUGAGAAUGUCUUAAGGCUUGUUGAAGAGCAAAAGAGAGAAAAAGAAGAAGCCUUAAACAAGAUCCUUCAAUUGGAAAAACAACUAGAUGCCAAACAAAAGUUAGAAAUGGAAAUUGAGGAGUUAAAAGGAAAGUUGCAAGUUAUGAAACAUCUUGGAGAUCAAGAUGAUGCAGCUAUCAAGAAAAAAAUGGAAGAAAUGAAUGAGGAAUUGGAGGAUAAAAUAGAGAGUUUGGAUAAUAUGGAGUCCAUGAACAAAACCCUCAUUAUCAAGGAGCGCCAAAGCAAUGAUGAACUACAGGAAGCUCGUAAAGAAUUAAUAGAAGGGUUAAAUGAUAUGCUGACCGGUCCUAAAACUAAUAUUGGGACCAAGAGAAUGGGAGACCUUGACCAGAAGGUUUUUGUGACCGCCUGCAAGAAAAGAUUCCCUCUAGAAGAAGCUGGAAUAAAGGGUGUUGAGCUUUGCUCUUUGUGGCAGGAGAAUGUGAAGAAUUCAGCUUGGCAUCCUUUUAAAGUGAUCAGAGUUGAUGAUAGACAUGAGUCAGUUAUAAAUGAGGAAGACGAGAAAUUAAAAAUGCUCAAGCAGGAAUUUAUCAAUUAUAUUGUGGAACAUAUGAAGCAACUCAAGCGCAAGAGAACAUAGGCAUAAGGGGAGAACUACAUCAUAUCGGCAAUGGGGAGUUGGAAAGUAGGACUAUUUUCGUGGGAUUGUAUGAAUGUUGUGUUGUACCUUGAGGCUUUGGAGAGCUAUAAAUAAAUAUGACAUUUCAAUGGAAGGAUGAAAGUAGGACUUUUUCAUAUGGGCUUCAGACUUCCGUGAGCUGUUUAAUCUACUGUGGAUUGGAACACCUUUAUUUUGAUCAUUUUAUUUCUAAAAUUCCACUAUGAACUAAUUGAGGAUGAAAUGGUUCUCGUUUUCGGUAGAUGUUCACUCCGUUUAUUUUA